CCCCCUUCCCGCUCCCCACCCGGCAUAGUCCCCCUCGUCUGCUUCCCUCUUGCGCUUCCGUUCACCAUCCAAAUUCCUCAAUAAGCUACUCGACACACUAGAAAUGGCCCGCUCAACCAAAGCGACCACCAAAUCCGCCAAGUCUGCGCAGACCUCCGCCGCAAAGAAGGCUGCUGCCCGUCCUGCUCUCGCGCACCCCUCAUGGGUCGACAUGAUCAAGGAGUGUAUCGCCGCUCACCCUGACGAUGCCCGCUCCGGAGUCUCCCGCCCUCAGAUCAAGAAGUUUGUUGAGGAGAACUACAAGCUCGACAUUGGCAAUGCUCAGAUCACCCAGCUCAGCAAGGCCAUUACUUCCGGAGCGGAAAAGGGCGUCUUCGUGCUCCCAAAGGGACUCUCGGGACGUGUCAAGCUUAGCCCCAAGACCAAGCCCACUGAUGCUGCUGCCAAAGAGAACAAGCCAGAGUCCAAGGCCGCGAAGCCCGCAUCCAAGUCUGCUUCUAAGCCCGCCGCUAAGCCUGCUGCAAAGCCUGCAAAGAAGGUUAUCGCCACUAAGGCUGCGCCAAAGGCCGAGCCCAAGAAGGUUGUAAAGGAAAGGCCUUCGACCAAGGCCGCGAAAGCCGACACGAAGAAGGCGGCCACCACCAAGGCAGCUCCUAAGAAGGCAGCGCCUGCGAAGGCUGUCUCUAAGACCACCACAAAGGCGAAGGCAGCUCCUGCUAAGAAGGCGGCGCCUGCGAAGAAGACCACUUCCUCGAGCAAGAGGGACACCACUAAGAAGGUUGUCACCGGUACCACUGCCGCCAGCAAGGCCAAGGCAUCUGCAAAGAAGGGUUCUACCACCAAGGCGCCUGCGAAGGCAAAGGUUACCACCAAGGCGGCGACGAGCGCACGAAGCGCGCGGGCUGCUAAGCGGGCAUAAGCGCAUCAUCAUAAUCAUUUUUCUUGAUCUAUCUCUGUACCCGCUUCCGAAUCUUACAGCAGUCUCGACUAUUCCGAAUCGCGUAGCCUCUUCUUUCGCCCCGUGCCACACCCCUCCGCUGCCACGAAUGAUCUCGAUCUCAGAUGCGGACAUAACAUAUUAGUUAUGUAUUCCUAGGUGCCGUCGCUCCUCGAUUUCUGGUGUAGGUGUCAAGCUCAGCACUACUCAUGCACUCGGACUAUGGAGGUUGGGAGGGAAGGAAGAACGGCGUAGUGUUUGCUAGUCUUCUCCUAGUCUGGGAUCCGUUUUUUCUCUCAUAUCUGUACUUGUAAAUUAUAAGUUAGAGAGGCGAAUGUAUGCCUCUCGCUCUCC